CAGGCGAACAAUAGGAUUGGAGCAUAUGCCGGGUAGGGUAGGAUUUCCCAUUUCAGUGUUUCCAGCUUCUAUGCCAAAUAAUUUGAAAAAACAAUAUCGCCUUCUGCAUGCGCAACUACAACAUAAAUACAAACAUGAAAUUUUUCUGAUGAAGGGAUUAAAAUCAAAUUUUCGUAGACAGUAAAAUCUCGUGAUGGAUGAGUUUCCAGUGGUUGAAGUGCCAGCAGAUAAAAUUCUAGAUGAAGAAGAAUUCGAGCAACUCUAUACGGCGUCGACAGAAAUCAUAGUUAUCCUCUCCAUUUUCUACGGCGUUAUAAGCUUCUUUGCAGUUAUUGGAAAUACGCUGGUUAUUUGGGUGGUGGUGACGACGCGUAACAUGCGUACCGUUACAAAUAUGUAUAUUGCCAAUUUGGCAUUUGCUGAUGUCGUCAUCGGAUUAUUUUGUAUACCAUUUCAGUUUCAAGCGGCCUUACUGCAACGCUGGAAUCUGCCAUGGUUUAUGUGUGGCUUUUGCCCCUUCGUGCAGGCGUUAACCGUAAAUGUGUCUGUUUUCACGCUCACGGCCAUCGCAAUUGAUAGGCAUCGUGCGAUUAUUAAUCCACUCAGAACUCGUCCUACAAAGCUUAUGUCCAAAUUAAUACUUGUUGGUAUUUGGCUAGUAGCGUUCAUUUUUGCUACGCCGUGUGCCAUAGCCUUCCGUGUGGAAUUAGAGCACGAACGUUACCGAGAAAACGGAAAAGUAUUCAACAUUACACGACCGUUUUGCAUGAAUAAAAAUCUCUCCGAGGCACAAUUACAAACGUAUCGCUAUGCGUUGGUGUUUAUGCAAUAUUUGGUACCAUUUUGCGUCAUCAGUUUUGUUUACAUACAAAUGGCUGUGAAGUUGUGGGGUACGCGGGCGCCUGGCAAUGCACAGGAUACGCGCGAUAUAACACUUUUGCGGAACAAAAAGAAGGUCAUAAAAAUGCUGAUAAUCGUUGUGGUCGUAUUCGGUCUUUGUUGGCUGCCUCUGCAGCUGUACAACAUUCUUUAUGUAACCUUUCCGGAGAUUAAUGAAUACCAUUUUAUAAGUAUAAUUUGGUUUAGCUGUGAUUGGCUGGCGAUGAGUAAUAGCUGCUACAAUCCAUUCAUUUAUGGAAUUUAUAACGAAAAAUUUAAGCGUGAAUUCAACAAACGUUUCGCCACUUGUCUCUGUGGGACUCACACAGUAAUAGACGGGCAAGAGCGUGCACUAUCUAUGCAUACCCGGGCCAGUUCGAUACGUUCCACCAGUUUGCCCAACUCAUCCGUACGUAUACGAAGUAACAUGCAUGGCGUUGCAGUAAGCAGCAACGGAGGAAAUGUAUCUCAAACGAAAAUUCCAGCAAUUUCUACGUCGAACAAUGCCAUACCACACAAUAGCCUCACACAUACCAAAGAUCGGGCGCUCAAUGAUGCCAGUUGCAAUGUAUAUUUAGAUCUAACAACAUUUGAUUCUCAACACCAAAGCAGUAUUUGCAGUAGUAAUAAUAACAGUAUUACAAAUAUUUACAAAAGCCAUUCGAACUAUAACCACUCGAAACAAGUGGAAGCUAUCCAGGAUGAAAGUGAACUAGAGGUGUUGCUAUAA